AUGGCAGCCUGCCUAUGUAUCUUUUCCUCUGCAAGCAGGGCCUUCCGAUUCGCCUUGUCACUGUCUGGGCUCCAGCACUUCUACAUCUUAUCCCUCCAUGCCGGUCUAUGGUGUGCCCUCAGCUCCUACCUUGAGUCCUGCGAUGGCUGUGGCUCUGCGGGGGCUGGACCAGGCCCAGCAUACUGUGUAUCGAUCGUGGCCGCGUUUGCACUCUCCAGCAACUCUGCAGGGUCGCUUGCUGUUUUUUUCCUGGAAUAUGCCGGAGGGCUAUCACAGGAAACGCAUUGGACGGACAAGGUUGCACCCCAGUUCCCCACGGCCACCUGGGAUGUCUACACCUCCCCGACCACUGACAACAAAUCUGCCGGGCCUCCUUGCCUGGAGUCGCUGACCUUGAGCAAUUGCACACCACCCUGGUCCAUUGUGCUUCCCAAUUUUUCCCGCCGCCCACAGGCCUACCGAGCCUGGAAGACUACCAAAGCACAAGGACGGCACAAUCCGCUCUAUGUUGCCAGGUGCUACCAUCUCUUCAAGACUGCACACAAGGCCUUCCGACGUGCGGGCAAGGAAGCCAAGCACUGGUUCCACACCAGGCUCCAGGAUCUGCAGGCUGCUGCCUGCUCAGGGGACUCCCGCAGGCUCUAUGCUGGAGUACGCACUCUUGCUCCCAAGUCCUCAAAGCCGAAGGUCCAACUACGUGACUCCGACGGUCACUUGCAGGAUCCCAAGACACAGCUUCAGCAGCUCGAAACACACUACAGGAAACUGUAUGCAGAGGAUGAGGACUCCACAAUCCAGGGCCCUCCUCGAGCACCCAUUUGCAUCGACGUCACAGAGGCUGAGAUGACCAUGGCACUUUCGAAACUGUCUCCGCAUAAAGCUACCCCACCGGGCCUCGCCACGAACUCCUUGUGGAGGCUGACCUCGGACAUCGUUGCGCAAUUGCGACCCUUUGCGGAGCGGUUUCUGGCGGACCAGGCACAAUUUGCAUAUUUGUCGGGGCGUAAUGCUGCUCAAGCCAUACAUCGGGUUGCCACACAUUGUCAGCUUGUGCAGAGUCGAUGUUCGUUUUCAACACCCACAGUUGUGGAUCGGCACGCGCAGCAGCCGAAACCAUGUCCUCACUUCGCAGGCGUGCAAUUAUCGCUGGACUUGUCCAGCGCCUUUGACCUCAUGGAUUGGCGACUGCUGGACAAGGCAUUGCUUGCAUCGGGUAUAUACCGAGAGCUUCUUGACGAGGGGGAUCCGCUCAGUACGGCUCCUUGGCUUGAGCAGAACUCCACGAUCUACGCGGACGAUAUACACCUCAAGGACACUAUGCAGAGCACUCGUGAGCUGGACAACAUGGUGUAUCGCUUCAGUAAGGUUCUUGAUGCACUUGCUGCCCAUGGCAUGGUCAUCAACUCAGCCAAGUCGGCCUUGUUACUGCGACACCGGGGCAGUUUUAUGAAGGGCUGGCUGAGGCGACAUCUCAAGCACACACAUGAGGGUGAUCUGCUGCGGCUUCGUAGUCCAUCGGGUCAGGUGUAUGAAAUCCCGUUGCGUGAUCAACAUACGUACCUGGGAAUCCGCAUUUCGUAUCACUCCCAGGCCAAACAAGCGGUCACUUACAGGCUGCAAGCCGCGAACCAAGCAUGGCAAAGGCUUCGGGGUGUCUUAUGCUCCACCAGACAUCUUGCACAGAAACAUCGCAUCAGCCUGUGGAGCUCUACUGUGCUCCCCACGUUGUUUUAUGGCAUUGCUGCAUCCAACCCAGGUGCUAAGGAUAUUCUGCGAAUGCAGCAUAUGAUGACCAAACAGGUGUGCGCAAUCACUCGAUCAUUUGCUCAUCUUCAGAAAGAAUCCACACGCGAUCUCCUGCACAGAUGCUCUCUGCGUACUGUACUUGAGCACCUACAACAGGAGGCCGAAGCCUUGCAUCGCAGUUUGCUUUGCCUGAGUGCCCAGACGAGCUUUGUGACUGUGGAGCAGGCGGAAUCAGCUCGUGAAGUCGCCGCUACACUUCAUCUUCAGGUACAACGGCAAUGGCAGGUGCCUGUGAAUGCCAACGAGGGAGCCACUGACCCUGCAGCACAUCAGUGUCGGGAAUGCCAUCGUGUUUUCAGCUCCUUCCGGCUAUUGCGCUCUCACGAGGCUAAGUGGCAUGGACUUAAAACGCCAGCUGCUGCACCGGUGCCUUUUGACAGGUAUGCUCACGGUACUGAUGGGCUGCCUACGUGCAGGCACUGUGCUCACUCAUUUCGCCAAUGGGACGGGCCGAUCAAGCAUAUCAAGCGGAAUCGGUGCCAGGUUCUUCGUCAGCUCGAGAUACAGCCCUCCGAUGCUGUUCGACCCACGGUCCCUGUGCCAUUGGAGCCAAGACUGCCGGAUGUCUCCUCCUUUGUAGCUCCACUCCCUGAGGUAUUGGCUCACGAUAUCACUCCUGCUCAAGAGGCCUCGACCACCACAGAUGUUGUUCCCCAGUGUGCAAUGACUGUGAUCCCUGCUGGCGAUGCCCCUGCACAGGACGACUCCUCAGCAUCGAUGCAGGUGGCUGUUCCCCUUAGGCAACGACCCAUAGUACUUGAGACACUGCGCUUGCGAAGGUGGACCGACCUCCUCGAGAUGACGGAGAUCCAAACAUACCUCCAGCACCAUUGCCCGCUGUGUUAUCAGUGGCUGGCUGCCCCUACUAGCAUCAAGUACCAUCUCACCAUGCAGCACCCGGACAAGCUAUGGGCUACACAGGCGGUUUCCCUGGUCACAGACCCAGGAUCUACAGUAUCCAGGAGGCCAGGAGACGGACUGGAUGGAAUACCGUGUGAGCCGCCUCACUCAGCUUGUCCUGCGCCAGGAGCAGAUUAUCUCGGCAAUUCGCCAGGAUAUGGUGCUCUACCUCUUUUCGUGCGAUCCGGAGCGGAUGGGAUGGUGCCGGUCUUAUGCGACGCAGCGGAGAAGUGGAGAAAAAUGAAGGAGGAAGAACCGGAGAAGAUCAGCUUUUCCUUGAAGCUUGCCAUGUUCAAGCAAUUGCUGAUCUCGCUGCAUCAGAGGCUGACCAACAUGAUGGCGGACGAGGAGGCCUUGGCCAGGGCCAAGGCAUUGAACUGGAUCGACGAGCACAAGCAUUGGCGGCACCUCACUUGGAAUCCCACUCAGCAGCGCUUGGAGAUCGACAACUCAUUGAGACCUCUCCCGGCGGAGGAUCUGCUGGCCCAGUUGGUGCAGAUGAGAAAGGCUGUCACAGAGGAGACCCUGAUGAGGUUCAAGUCGAUGAAGAAGCUCUCCACGGAGGUGACAUCAGAUUGGAUCCAGUUCCAGAUGUGCCUAUCCCUUCGCCCGGAGGGCGGAGCAAUGUGGAACACGCUGAACCAGUGGAUCGGGCAAGCAUCGUGGCACACUCUGGGGGGCACUGUUGCGCUAGAUUCGGGGCCUACCACUGCCCCGAUUGCUAUUGUCCCGACGGCAGGUCCUAGCUUUGAUCUUCAGGCAGCCAUUGAAGGGUGGAGUGCUCAGGUGACGGCACGUUAUGCACUGCUGUCCCCGCCUUUCCUUCUCUGCUUGCAGAUUCAGCGAUUUGCUCAUGUCGAGGUGAGGCCCAUGGUUACGGCCUCGGACAAUGUUCGUAUGCCUAUCUUUACGGGUCCGGACACAUUGCGAAUCUGGUAUGCAUCCUAUCAGGUCGUUGCAGUGCAGCUACACUACGGAGACUCCUGA